AUGGCGAUUGAAAACGUCCUCUUAAUAGGAAACUGGGAACUCUGUCUCACUAUCAUCAAUGCCCUUUUCCUCCCCACUGCGCAACCCGAAAACUUGCCCUAUCGAGUUACAGUCCUGACGUACCCCUCACAAACGCUCGAUCUACCGUCUCAAGUGCCUCAGUCCACGGUGCAGCACAAGAAGUCCGACUUCUCUUUCGAGUCUUUGCAGUCAGCCUUUGUUGGGCAAGACCUCGUUAUAAGUACCACGGCUGGAGGAGACUCGGACUUACAGAUACGCAUCAUAGAUGCUGCCGUAGCUGCAGGUGUAAGGCGGUUCAUUCCGCGCGAGUUCGGCCAUGACACCUUGAACAAGGCGAUACAAGCGCGGAUAUCGAAGUACGCCGGACAAGCGAAGGUCAUUGAUCACAUCAAGAAAGCCUCAAACGCACAACCAGGCUUCGAGUGGGUCGGCAUCGCAACUGGGUACACACUAGACACCAAUCUCAUUAGCGGCGACCUUGGUCUUGACAUGGAGUGGCACAGCGCCACGAUCCACGGCAUUGGAACUGAGCCCUUUGCCGCCUCUAGUCUGGAAAGAGUCGGACAAAUCGUAGCAAGCGUGAUUUCGCACUGGGAAGACGUCAAGAACCAGUAUAUCUAUGCCGCAGGCGUCGUCACGUCAGCUAUUGAGGUUUUACGGUCCGCCGAGAAGGCGACUAGCCAAGAGUGGACUGUGGGUAACUACGAUGUGGAAGAGUGUAUAACAGAGGGCCAAUUGAGGCUAAAGCGAGGCUAUCUGGCUUCUGGGAUGUUUUUACUCGAAAGGAGUGUGCUGUACGACGAGGAAAUGGAUGCAUCUGCGCCGUUCAGGUUGCACAACGCGAAUGAGGUUCUGCAGCUGCAACCGGAGUCAGUCAACACUAUUGUGGUCAUGGCCUAUCAUGACCUCACGCAUCGCGGCAAGCCGGGCUGUGGGUGUUCAUCGCGAUGCCGACCUGCAGAAGCCGAGAGAGUGGCCGCUCUACCUGUCUUUCGACUAUACUCCGACAUUGGAAGGUCUUGGCCCAUAUCGAAUGCCAGGUGA